AUGGUCCAUUGUAACCGUCGUACAGACUGCAAACGGUUUUACGUGAAGAAAAUUGGUCGUGCACAUAGUUGUCUCGGAGGAGGCAUAGGAGAGAAGGGACAUCCACGGGCAUCUCGUAAGUGGGUUGCAAAUAUUGUGAAAUCCAUACUAAAAGAACAACCCACCUACCGCGCAAUUGAUCUUAAAAAGAAGCUUCUGAGAGAGUUUGGCGUUGAUAUCCCCUAUGGAAGAGCUUGGUGUGGGAAAGAGCUUGCUCAACAGGAGUUAUAUGGGUAUGCAAAACAUUCAUAUGAACAACUUAGAUGGUACAAGGAUAAAGUUAUGGAAACUAACCCAGGAUCAAUCGUCCAUCUAGAACAUGAAGAUGGCAGAUUUACUAGAUUUUUUAUCUCAUAUUAUGCUUGUUGGAAGGGUUUUGUCGAGGGAUGUAGACCAAUUUUAUUCUUGGAUGGCACCCAUCUUUUUGAUAGGUACAAGGGAACUCUACUUGCUGCUACUGCUUUGAAUGGAGAUGGAGGAAUGUUUCCUGUCGCUCUUUGUAUUUGUGGAACCGAGAAUGAGAGCAAUUGGGAGUGGUUCCUUGAAUGCAUUCGUGACGUAUUGUACAAUUCAGAUGAUCCAUAUACUCCGAAUGAUGAGCUGGUUAUAAUCUCUGAUCGAGACAAAGGACUUCAAAAUUCCGUCAAGAAUUGCUUCCCUUGUUCAUAUCACAGUUAUUGCAUCCGCCAUUUAAUGGCCAAUUAUAAGAACAACUUGUCAAAGAAAAGGUUACCAGCACCACUUAGGGAUGAUUGUGUUCAAAUUAUGAAGAGAGCUGCCUAUGCCUACACAAUGCAUGCUUAUCAUAAUGAAUGCAACGAGCUCCAGAAUAAGUCAUCUAUUGCUUUCAUUGAAAUGCUGAAUAUGAGCCCACAGAACUGGGCUAAUUGUUAUUUUCCUGGAAAGAGGUAUGGGUGGUUAACCUCAAAUCUAGCUGAGUCCUUCAACGCAUGGAUUAAGGAAGCCCGAUUUUUACCGAUAGCGCAGUUGGUUGAUCACAUCCGGGUGAAGAUGAUGAAAAUGAGCUACGAUAGACGUGAGGAAUCCAACAAAUGGACUACACCACUUGUUCCUAGUGUAGAGGAGCAUCUUGUCCUGAUCAACGAGGGUGCACGUUGUCUUCAUGUUAAUCCUUCUACGUCGAUUCUGUAUGAAGUAUAUGAUUCCCCAUCUGUUAGAGUGAAUUUGGAGUACCGCACAUGUACUUGUCGCCAAUGGCAAGUUCUUGGACUACCUUGCAAGCAUGCGGCCGCCGUAAUCAGGCACAAAGAUCAGCUAUUGUAUCCAUAUAUUUCUGACUAUUUCAGCACGGAGGUGUACCGCAAGUGUUACUCCUUUCCCAUAUAUCCAAUUCCUGAUGAUGAGAAGCCAAUUAUAACGGAUGAGAAUAUGGAGAUUAGACCUCCAUUAACCUCGAUUCGUAGAGGAAGGCCAAAAACAAAGCGGAUCCCUUCUGGACUAAAUCCUUCUAGAAUGUUGAAGUGUAGCCGAUGUAAGGAGUUCGGUCACAAUCGACGAACAUGUAACCAACCAAUAGCUGAUUGA